AUGGUUCUCGCCUUCGACAAGUGCGAGACGCGCCCGGCGCACAUUGAUGCCAUUCUCAGCGGCCUCGACCGAUACAACCCAGAGACGACCACCGUCUUCCAAGACUACGUGGUGCAGCAAUGCGAGGACAGGACCUUUGACUGCUAUGCUAACCUGGCUCUGCUGAAGCUCUACCAAUUCAACCCUCACCUCCUCCAGCCUGAGACGACGACAAAUAUUCUCGCCAAGGCUCUCACCGUCUUCCCCUCUCCCGCCUUCUCCCUCUCCCUGGCACUUCUCCCCGCGCACACGCAGCCUUUCCCUUCUUCCAACAGCGAGGAGUCCUCAUCGCAGACUUCCGACUUUGUCGAGUCGAUCCAGAAGCUCGCUCGUCUGAACACUCUGCUGGAGUCUGCCCAGUACUCUCUGUUCUGGUCGACCUUCAACUCUGAUGACCUGUACGCUGACCUGGUCGCUGAUGUUGCUGGGUUCGAGGAGCUGGUGCGUGUCCGCAUCGCUGUCGAGGUUGGCAAGGCAUUCCGUGAGAUCAGCAUCGACGUGCUUGCUCAGUGGCUGGACCUACGCAGCCGUGAAGCCCUUGAGAAGUUCGUCGCCGACGUUUGCGGCUGGGAGGUCGACAAGGCCGCUGCCAUCGUGAGAGUACCCAAGAACAAGGAGAACGAGGCCCGCAGCGAGAUCAAGGGCGAGCGUGUUGGAGUUGACAUGUUCGGCCGUGUCAUCAGGAGAGGUUUCGAGCAACCUGCCUAA